CGCGCGCUGCCAUAGGCGACCACGGGAUGCGCAGGUCGCUCUGUAUACAGUAGGUCGUGGCUGCAACGUUCGUGCCAGUUGGCUCGGUGCAUUGGUCAGUGGUACUUAACAUAGCUUACUUCAUUUGUAUAUACGCUUUCGGUUACUUUGUAGUUCAAGGACAGAUAUCGAAGUGCGCAGUUAAAAGAUGACUCGGCAUGCCCGCAACUGCACUGCAGGAGCGGUGUACACAUAUCACGAAAAACAGAAGGACACACAGACUUGCGGCUAUGGGACACAGCGAAUGCGUCUCGGCAAGGAUGCCGUCAAAGACUUCGACUGUUGCUGCCUGUCGUUGCAGCCGUGCCGAAAUCCUGUCAUCACGCCCGAUGGCUACCUCUAUGACAAGGAGUGCAUCCUGGAGUACAUAAUCCGGCACAAGGCGGAGAAUGCACGCCUCCUCAAGGAGUACGAAGCUCAACAGAAGAGAGACGCCAAGGAACUGCAGGAGUUGGCCCUUGCAGAAGAGCGUUCCAAAGCCGAGUCCUUUGUUUGCAAGGAGCGUACCAUUGUUAGCACAGCAUCUACCUCCUUGUCUAUGGGUUCUGAGGACAGUCCAAGUGUAUCCAACAUGGUGAAUGGCAAGGACUCCCAGCUGCCCAGCUUCUGGGUGCCCAGCCUGACACCAAGUGCCAAGAAGGACAGGACUGCCAAGCCCAAGAACGUUGUGCUGUGUCCCAUGAGUGGAAAGCCAAUCAGAGCCAAAGACCUGAUUCCAGUGAAGUUCACACCUGUUGUUGAUCCAGACGAGAAGGCACCGCUCAUCACCAGAAAGGCUCGAUACAUGUGUGCUGUGACACAUGACAUCCUUGGCAAUUCUGUACCCGUUGCAGCACUGAGAACCUCGGGCAAUGUGGUCACGAUGGAGUGUGUGGAAAAGCUGCUGAAGAAAGACUGGCUGGACCCAACCAACAGCAAGCCGCUCAAGGAGUCUGACAUUAUCCCUCUGCAGAGGGGCGGCACUGGCUACUCAAGCACCAACCUCACUCUUGAUGCCAAGGUCAAGAAGCCUGUGAUGACUGUGUGAGGCAAGAGCGUACUAUACUGGACAUGUUUUUGUUCACAUUUUGCAUUGUGCGCCCACCUGUAAAGAUUGAGUGACAAAUAAAUAGAAUGAAACUAGA